AUGUGCAGCACUAUGUUUUCUUGUAACACCAGUGCCAUCACGGACUGGAGUUAUUUCCUGUCACAGAUCCUGCCGCUGAUGAACAAGUCUACGGGGUUCGUGCAUGACAGCAUUGACAAAGUGGACGCCGUCACGAAUCCUAUGGUGACCGCUCUAGAGCCCGACCUGGCCGGGAUGAGCGCAAGCCACCCGCCGCUGGAUACCAAUCACACGUCCGGACUGGAGCACAUAUUCCAGUACUCGUAUUCCGAAAACAAUCAACCGUACACGGACUACAGGACGCCGCAGAAGGACAUCCCUCUGCCCAAAGCAGUGCUCUACUUGGUCAUGGCUGCGUUAGUAGUAGUGGCUGUAGCGUACGCCAUCGUUGGACACCUUGUCAAAGAUCUGGUCCAGGAAUUUGUUGACUGGAUAUUUGGUUCGCGUACAGUCCGAGCGAACAGCACCAAGAGUGACCUCCCCUGCAUCACCACCAGCACCAGUGCGAACCAGUCCAUGGAUACCCAGCUACAGAUUCUGGAAACAAAUUUCAUCUGCCAUGACCUCCCCGAUUACUCAGGAGCCAUGAGGGACGAGGAGAUAGUGGUCACCAUCGACCAAUCACUGACACUACCUCGGGAAGCCUACAGCGGGACCUAA